GUUCCGGCAGCCCUCAUGCUAUAUGCUAUCUAGAUGAAGUGGGCUAGAUAACAUUCUACACCGCGGACGGCCGAUUAACGUGCCGCGCAUUUUUUCCAAACGCAGUAUCAAGCAAGCUGUGGAAGCGGUGUUUGUAAGCUUUCGAUCGACGUGUCCCGUGCCAUUAGCGAUCGCGAUUCAUUUGUUUUUAUUGUUGUUUACCGUAAAGUGACAGUUGGUGUGAGGGUUUUCUUGAAGGUUGAAGGGGAACGCCGUUUUCGGCAUUUUGGUUCAUAUGGAUGGAAACAUAUUUGCAGACUUGACGAAGGGCACCCCGUUAUUAAAGGACAACACUUUAGAAGAGUUGAAGAGUAGAUUAGAACACACCGAAACAGUUUCAGACAAAGACGAGACAGCAGCGAUGAUACCGGACACGAUAAAAAGCAGUAACAACCACCACCCGCCCCCUCCACAUUUAACAGAAGACGGUCUCAUUCUGCCAAGGAAACCUGCCAAUCCAGUGAAAGAAAAUACAGACAGGCAAAAUCUACAUCGAGAAUUAUUAUUCAACCAAAAAGUAGGCAAAAACGUCCUCAACCAAAAAACAGAACUGCAGAAAGCUCUGGAAAAACAGAAGGACAACUUAGCGAAGAAAGAACUGGAGAGCUACAUAGCAUCCAAAACGCCAGAAUUAGAAAAAGUUAUCGCUGACAGGGCAAAACGGUUGCAGUCUUCCCCGGAUAAGGAUGAAGAUGAUAAAGUAAUCAACAAAGAGCUGCUUGAAGUUCGGAUGAAGUUGAAAACUCGUAACGAUGUCAAAUGACUGUCUUAAAAAUAAUAAUCAAUGACUUAGAUAGACUUGAUCGUUUUUGUUAGUUGAAAUCGUAUUAUUGACUACAUUCAUUCAAAGCUGUAAGUUUCUCCUCCUCAAGACUGUUGAAGUAAACUGUAUAUUUUUACGUUUUGAGUCAUUUUGUUAUAGACUAGGAGUGUGGUAGAAGUUUGAAGGACGCAGUCUUCCGAUGAAAGUCCAAAAUAUUUUUUUUGUAUGUAAGAGUUAUGUUUUGCGAUUGUGGCCAUAACAGAUGUAGAUAUGAUUAAUGUUGACGCAACACUUUGUAUUGAUACCAAUCAAAAUGUUGCAUGACAAUCAAAAUAACAUGGUAUCCUACCUAGAACUACUACUACUACUAUUUUUCAAAAUGGUGGCAUUUCUGGAUGUACCGGAUGUAGAUACAUACAUGCUUAUCUAAAAUAUUUACAUGUAUAUCAUCCUGUAGUGUAGCCGUAAUUAUAUCAAUUUUUCUCGUAUUUUUGCAUUUGCCAUACGCUUUCCUCGGGGCUACAAAAAAUACAUUAUAACAAAAGUGGUUUCCAUUUGAAAAGAUUGAUUCUACGUUUCUAAAAUCAAAUUUUCAUGAUCUUUGUUUUGACCACCCUGAACUAUUCGUUAUUCAAAUCCAGAAGAAUGUAAUCUACUUCAAGUAGGUUCCCUUACAAUAAAAACUCGUUACUGAUUAUAUAGCAAAGGCGAAAAUACGAGAAAAAAUUCUGCUUCUGUCAUUUUUAAGCAAAAUUUGAGAUACCUCAAAAAUGGUUGGACUUAGCUACAGGAUAAUAUACAUUCGGGAAGUGCCACAAUUUUGAGAACAUUUUAGCCGAAUUGCUCCCGCCAACAGUUAUACGUGGGGCAACCUGCAUACGAACUUUGAUAUGAACUGCAUUUGGACCGUGGUUCAUCGGCGAUUUUGGAUGUAGGCCUUUAUCAAUGUGCUUUAGGAACCUCGAAAUAUAAAAAGUGUGGUCUUUGAUUGUGCAUAAAAAAAUUCUGAUGAUGAAUCAUGUAAAAAUGUAUCAUCAGAUUACCUUUGAAAUAUGUUAGUAGUUAUUUAUUCUAUAUCUAUUUUAGUGGCAAGCAUUAAUAAAAUUUGCUAUAUCGGAAAUAUCGCAUUUGAAAAGUUCGAGUUGUGUAUUAGUCUAAAAAAGAGCCAGUGUUGAGGCGAAAUAGACGCAGUGUCAGAAUUUCAACAUGGGUAUGUUCAAAGAACUUGUAAACAUAGACAAAUAUAGUUUAUUUUCUGACCAAAAUAUUUACAAGCUACAUAAAAGGUAUGAUAAUAGUAAUAUAUUUUAGUGUUUCGGAAAUAAUUUUUCUGUUUUUGUUUCUACAUAAUCUAAAGCAGUGGGUCAUUGGUUGGGAAACGAAACCGGUUUUCGUAUAUAAUUUAUAACAUGAUACUGAUACUGGUAUUUCUCUAAUAUAUCACUAAUAAUUUAAAUACUGCCAUAUCUGUAACCUACAGAAAGUGCGUUCUUGUAAAUAUUUUAGUUACAGAAUUGUUUUUGUAUUUUUUUUUCUUUUAAUUGGUAUAUUGUCAAUUUUUCCUUAGUACCGACUUUGUCAUCUACAAGUUGCGCAGAUGUUUAGCUCAUUUGUUUUGUUGGACAGCUAUUUGCUAGAUCUAAAUUAUAUCGUUUUCUUGAGUUUGUGUUAUAGCUUGAAUGAAUGACGUUAAAUUAGUUUCGGUUAUAUUAUGUGAUAAGUUCGAUUAGGAUUUGUAUUUUUAUUAUUUUACUUUGAAAAAGUGUGUAAUAUAUGUAAUGAAAAUAAAUAUUAUUUUUCCUAA